UUUCCAGUGAGGAACUAAGACUAAGAUGGCCAAAGGAUGACAACAUACAGCUAUCAACUGGUGCGAACGACUGACAUUUCAAGGAGACUGGAGGGAAAAUGUCUCACGUACAGUAUGUAGACGAGUUAGUCAAGGAGUACUUGCUCUUCAGGGGCUUUAGUCAAACUUUGAAAGCUUUUGAUAAUGAUUUGAAGGCUGAAAAAGAAAAAGGGUUUAGGGUAGAUAAAAUAGUUGAUCAAUUAAUGCAAUAUGUAUACAAUUAUGAUCUGGCGUCGCUGAGGGAAUUGUGGGGACACUUGGAUACUAGAAUGUUUUGUCGAUUGGAAAGUCAUUUUACACCUGCAAUCAGAAAAUUGGAGAAUGCUGUAUUAAAAAUGUAUUUGGUGAAUGCGGCUGUAAAUGGCAAGCAAGAUAGGAUACAGGAAUUUUUUACCAAAAUGGCACCAGAGCUACAGGGUCACUCAGAAUGGAAGGAGUGGUUUGCACUUCCUUUUAUCAAAAAUCCCGAAGACAAUCCAACUUACUCCGUUCAUUUUAGUAAGCAAUGGCACGAUACUAUGUUGGUAUCCUUACAUAAUUUCCUAGCAACAAUUUUUCAAUGUAUGCCACAGCCGACAUUACUAACGAUAGACGAGGAUACAAAUAAAUUAAAACGAUUGCAAGAAGAGAAUGAAAUAUUGAGGCAACGAUUGAGUGAAUCUGUUAAAAUAGAAAACAUAUCUGAUGUGAAUCCAGGCUCGGCACCUCAACAUCUUCCUAUCAUGGACGAUUUUUAUAUCAUUGCUCAAGAAUCGCCGUUACUGGAAAAUCCUAAAACAUUAAGGAAUCUCAUAAGGAACAUAGGUGGUGGAUCCAGUCCAAUUUUGAGUAGAAAGCCAGCAAUAAACGUAAAAAAGAUCGCGGAACCUGAAAUGUGCUCGACGAAACGGACAAACACGAAAGGGCGGGUAAAUUCGAUCAGCAAGUCUGAGGCAGUUGCCAAGAGGAGCAUCAGCUGUGAUUCAAGAUUAAGUAGUUCUAGAAAAAGAGACUCUUCUAUGGAUACUGCUAUCGAGAGGAAAACUAAAGAAAAGUUAGAUUCCAGUUAUAUUCUUUUAAGCCAGGAAGAAUAUACAGAACACAAGACCUCCAUAAUCCAAUGCAAGAGCAAUGCCAGUGGAUCAUACGUCGCGACGGGCGAUGCCGAUGGUAUUAUCAAAGUAUGGACGCCGAUUCCCUCGCCAAAGACCGUUACUACGUUCACUUCCGCUACGGUAAAUUCCAACAAGGCUAUUACUUCGUUAGACUGGAUAUCGAAGAAUGAACGUUACUUUUUGCAUGGCGACAAUAAUGGCUUAAUCCAAUUGCACGAUACUCGAGAUUGCAAGACGCUUUGGGAUAUCCAACACGAGAAUUCACGAAUACUCACUUUAAUCUGUAAUCCGACGGAAUCGACGUUCGUCUGCUCCGUGUCGGACGGCAGCGAGGGCAAACUACUGCUAUACGACAUAAAAACGAGGAAGCUCGAGAGAACGUUGCCGCUGGAGCAAAACGUCACCGCUUUAUGUUCCACGUUCAAUCAUAACGGCCAAUUACUUAUCACGGGAUUGUCCAAUGGCAAUAUAUUAAUACAUGAUCUGAGGCGAAACGAGAUAAUAGACAAUCUCAACUGCCACUCUAGCCCGAUAAUCGAUAUAGAGUUAAUUAACGAUUUUACAAAUAUAUGCGCGCAAAGCGAGGACGGUAAACUAUGCCAAAGAAGCUUGAAUCACUCGGGAAAGAUCUUGUGGGAGACCAAAAUAAAGAUCGAUAAGAAUCCUGUUCAUGGGAAGCUAUUCACCUUCGAUCAAAGUGGUAGUUAUAUGUUACUCUGCACACAGACUGGAGGAAAUAUAUAUAAGAUGCCACCAGGCGCACAAGGAAAGAUUUUAGAACUAGGCGGACAUAAGGGUACCCUAUGUUGCGACUGGUCGACUGCCAAUCAAUCUGGAACUUGCAUAACUGGCGGCGCGGAAGGAAAAGCACGAGUAUCGACGCUACUCUCACCAUGAUAUAGGAACAAAAUUAGCAUCUGUAUAAAUUCGUAAGACAAAUAGUUACUAAUGAUAUUAACGAAAGAUCUUGUAGAUAUAUUAUUUUACUCAGAUUAAGCUCACAAAUGGCUGCAAAACAAAUAAACAUUAUAUUAGAUUUUAAAACAUUAUAUUACGUAUAUCGCCAAAGCAUUGGUAAUAAGUAUAAAAAGAAAUUCAGAUAUUUUAUGGAAAGUACAAUGUAUCCCGUCUUGAAAUAGUUACAAGUAUACUCUGUAAUAUAAUAAUCAUCUUCUAUCUUUGAAAAAAAGCAAUCAGGGAUUAUCAAAUGUGUAAAAUGUACAGAGAUUAUUAUAGGGAAAAUCUCUCUCAUAUAAGUAGUCUCCGAAAUUAUAUCAAUUAUAUGACAAUUUUACUCGGUUUUAUAAUAUAAAAAAAGAAAAAAGAAAAAAAAAAGAAAA